AUGAUGGCGUACACGAUUCUACUGAGGAACAUCACACCGACUCAGCAGCAGAAUAUACGGUCUUACCGGGGUUACGGCAACUCCGCGGAGCUCGCAUACAACCACUUGAAGAACCUGUAUCAAGCAACAGACAGUGUAAACCAGAGCAGCGACGCUAUCAUCAGCUUCACCAACUGGACACACCCUCCAGAUCUUGAUCCAGACUUCAGUCCCGGCGGCUUCUGGCAUUCCCACACGAUACCUGAGGCAGAAAGAACAAGGGCGUUAGCGACGAUUCAACAAUUGGCAGCAGCAGAAACAACAUCAGCAGCAGCAGAGACAACAUCGGCAACAGCAGAGACAACAUCGGCAGCAGCAGAAACAACAUCGGCAGCAGCAGAGACAACAUUGGCAGCAGCAGAAACAACAUCGGCAGCAGCAGAGACAACAUCGGCAGCAGCAGAGACAACGACAGCAGCAGCGGCAACAUCGACACCAAUCGCCGGUCCUUCAACGGCACCAAUCUUCAUCGAUGAUUCGCCACCGACACCCACGCAGCAGCUAACCCCGACUCAACGAGAAGUUCACCGAAGCGCAAAUUUCACUGCCAGCUUCAACUCCAACUCCGUUUUGUAUCGACGAUCACCCGGACAUCGCGCCGACGAAAGUACCUGGCACGCCCAGAUAGGACACCCAAGCAACACAGUGUUAAACAACACGAUAAGAGCAGGAGUACUCGACAAAGAUUCAAUACUACUGACAGACGGACGAGAACUUCAACGAGCACGAGGGACACGUUUCACCUGUCCUGAAGCAGACUUACCGCACCAACCGUUUCCAUCUCACCACAACCCCAGCGCUCAGGUCUACGCGCCUCUCGAAAAGGUGUACAGCGACAUCUUGUACAACCGCGUCCCCGGACAAAACGCAUACAACUACACCAUCACCUUCAUCGACGCCGCCACACGUUACGUUUGGCACCUCAACCUUCCGAGCAGGGACAUGGCCUUCGAAGCCUUCGUCGCGUGGCUUCCCGUAGCAGAAAGAGAAUCGGGCGUAAAACUGAAAAGCUUUCAAUCAGACGGGGGAGGAGAAUACACCUCACAGAGGUUCAAGCAAUACCUGGCAGAAAGGGGGAUCAAGAGGCUCAUCUCCCUUCCCUACGCUCAUCAACAGCAGGGUGUAGCAGAAAGGAUGAACAGGACCCUGCAGAACACCAUGCGCAAGCUGCUACGUGGCAUGCGGCUACCCAACCACCAGUGGCCCGAGGCAAUGGACCACGCCGUAAUGCUGCACAACUUGCUUUCUUCGUCGUCACUCCCGAACAACGCAUCACCGCAUCUGCUGUGGACAGGAAAACUGGGCAGCACAAAAAUGUUACGAGUUUUUGGGUGCAUGGUACAGUACCGACCCCCAGCUGCACGAGCCGGCCGAUUCUCCCAACGCGCACAGUGGGGACUACACCUGGGCAUCGAUAAACACUACAACACAUGGAAGAUUUUCGACGUCAAGACAAAAGAAACAGUGGCAGCACGUGAUGUCAUCUUCUACGAGCGACUCACACUUCCAACGUACCUUGCCAACUUGGACGAAAACCAAGACCCCACAGGUGGCUUUUGUGGAGAUCGAGCCUUCGCCUCGGCAGAAGACGAAGCUGAUUGGGACGAGCAGAAUGUGGACCGAGCCUCGGAGGAAGCCGGACCUCUCCCUUACUGCUCCGUCGACGUUCCGAUGGACGACGAGAAUCCUCGCGAAAGCAUCAACGCUGAAACAUACUACCACUUCGCCGACAACGGUUACGUUACACCUGCACAGGUCAACACCAACGAAGCAGAAUGCGUAGGACCAAAUUUCAACCCAGCACCUGAAGCAGGAGACGAAGCAGUUUAUCCCGAGGACACCACACUCCCCCGCUACACACAGAGUGGACUGCAAAUCCUCGGCCUCGUCACCGCAGUCCACGGAGCAGAGAUUCCUAAGGAGCCUGCGACAGUUCAGCAGGCUCUAGGGGGGGGGGUAUAG